AUGCAGUCGCAAGCUUCCUUCUCCGACUUUGUUUUGCAUCCACGGUGGAGCCCGCCGGUAAACUCUGCCAACGACAACUGGAUCUGCGAACUCCUUAUCUCGGCGAUUGGAGUUGUCGGAGAUCGUGACUUCAUCUCCCCGAGCUCCGCCCCAAGUCUCGCCUCCUCUCCACCCAGAAUUUCUGCCUCAGCUUCAUCCUUGGCGAUCCCUUCCGGAACUGCCACCUUCGCCUCCGCGUCGGCCAAAAUUUUCUCCUCCGCUUCUUCCAAUGCCGUGGAAACGACGUCCUUCAGCCUUGCCAAAGGUCCCGUACCCGCCUGGACUGCUGCAAUGGCAGCCGUCGAGCCGCCAACCGCCGCCUUCUUCUUCUUACCCAGAUGGCUUUGA